CGACAUUGCUGAGUUGAGUUUCCGCGUUGUACGAACAGCCCCCUCCAUCCCGCCGGUGACAGCGCUCGGCCCCGCGGUGGAAGAUGCAGCAAAUCCCUGAGGACGUGAAGAGCCUAAUUACAGAUAUUGAAAUAUUUAUACUUGAAAUAUUAAAAGAGGAGAACCUGACUAAGAAGGCAAAGGAAAAGAAAGAUGCACUUUUGAGAAAACUUAAGAUUAUUAAAACAAGCUAUCCUCAGGAAUUCCAGGAGAAAGGGAUAUCAGAUGAUUCUGACAGCUAUGAAGAACCUUUGGGAGAUGGUGUUUCACUGGCAUCUGAACGUUGCGAUAACCACGAGGAAGCUGCAGCUGAAGUUCAGCGAUCCCCUCCAAUACCUGCACAGGAACUAAAUCAAAUUCUGAAAGCUGGAUAUUUGGAAAAACGUCGAAAAGAUCACAGCUUCUUUGGAUCUGAAUGGCAGAAACGUUGGUGUGUACUGAACAACAAUGUCUUCUAUUACUAUGGAACUGAAAAAGAUAAACAGCAGAAAGGAGAUUUUACCAUAGAUGGUUACACAGUCCAGCUGACAACUACCAUAAGAAAAGAUGCAAAGAAGGAUUGUUGUUUUGAACUCUGUGCUCCUUAUAAACGACUGUAUCAGUUUGCUGCAGCUUCUUCAAAUGAGGCAGAAGAAUGGGUUGAACAGCUUCAAUUUGUAUUAAAAGACAGGGAAUCUGGUAUGAUCCCAGAAGAUUAUGGUGAAGAAAUGUAUGAUGAUAUAGAUCCAGAGAUCAAAGGUGACGAAUUCAGCCAAAUGGCAAUAGAUGAAGACAUUUAUGAAGAGCUUCCAGACGAAGAAGAAAAUUUCCAACAGCCUCAACCAAAAUUCAGAGCACCUGAAAAGCAACAGAGUGGUGGGAGCAGAACAGCUUCUUCAACAGCAGAGAAAGCCACUGAUUAUAUCAAUUACUACCAAGGAUUGUGGGAUUGCUCAGGAGAUCAGUCCGAUGAACUGUCUUUUAAACGUGGUGAUGUCAUUUAUAUUAUUAACAAGGAAUAUAAUUUACAUGGGUGGUGGGUAGGAGAAAUGAAGGGAACUAUUGGCUUGGUGCCCAAGGACUACCUAAUGGAGAUGUAUGACAUUUGAGAAGGUCUGGGCACCCAUCUACCUCCAGUGACGUCCUAUUGUACAUGAAGGUUUUUUUUUAACUGAAUCGAAUCACUGCAAAGCUUGUCUGUCCUUAGCCAGGAGAGGGAGUUCUCACCCACUACUAUGGCACUUCUGUUUCCCAAUUUAUUUUAUCACAAAGAUAAUAUCAUCUUAUUAACAAUAUAAUCUAUCCUCUUGCCACAGAUGUGAAAAUCAAGAAGCAGCUAAGUGUUUAAUUAAAUUAUUUCCUCAUUAUUGUAAUUAUCUUUCAUCAUUUCGCUGAUGCGUUAUUUCUAUUUUUCUGUGCUUGUGCAUCACUAUGAAGUCUUAACUGCUUGAGACUUCACACUGGCUUUAUGUAACAUCUUCACUGAAUAUUUAGCCAGUAUAUUUUCAUUGCUUCCCCAAGUGCUGCCAUUAUAACUUAAUUAAUUGUAAAAAAAAAACUUAAAAUGGAAGAGGAUGAGGGUGAUAUUCCUCUGUUCCCCAUCUUCCCCCCACCACCACACCCCCCCCCACCCCAUGCAUGCCUUGAAGUAACUGUUAGCAAUGUUUUCUGUCUUGUCUGUUUCACUUUAUUGAAUCUUGUUCUAAUGUUCCAGUCUGCAAAUUUUAAGGUUCAAAUAAAGUUUAAUUGUGUGCAAACUGUUGUUAUGCUAAUAAUUUAAAUGCCUGCUGUGUAACUAAUGAAAUUACUGUGUUAUGAUUAAUUUGGAAACUGGUAUGUUGAUUGUAGUAAUUGAACACAACAAGGUGAAGUAAAUGAUUAUGAUGCCAUAUGGCCUGUUAAUCUCAAAAUUUAAAGAGUUUGAACUUUUUCCUGCGGAGUUUAUUUUAAAAUUUUGUGCUUAUAUUUUUUUAAACAAAUACUGUUUUGACGAAUUAUCAAUUGGUUCAAAAUAUUUAGCAAAAUUUUAGUUUCAGCAUAGUUGAGUUGAAAAUCUCAUUCAAGUUUUGCUGUAGGUAUUGAAUUUAGAAUGCAUAAUUUUAACUGUUGUUCCUUCGCAUUAUGACUAACCUUUACAAUAAUAAAACACUUUUGAAAUGCU